ACUUGUCAACACGUUUUUUCAACAGCUCUAUAGACGAAGACUUAAAUGAAAUAAUUUGGCGCCGGCCUUGAACAAUAUAUUCUUCUUUCUUACCAUUUCAUCAAGAAAUCACAUCUCCAAUUUUCUCGAGAAAAUCACAUUUUUGUUCGAAUUCUGAUACUUUUUUUGGUCUUUAAACUCUCUUUCUCUUUUCCUUCAAGAAAAAGAAGAUGAGAUAUCAUCAUCUUUUAGUAACUGCGAUUAUAGUUAUUUCACUUUCACCGGCUCUGAUUUCAGCUCAUUUCUUCCCCAACAUAUCGUCAAUCCCCUCAUGGUUACGCCCCAACUCCACCAAGAAGACCGCGUGGGACGAGUUCCAGAACUUCACGGGCUGUCGUCCUGGCGACAAGAUCAACGGCUUAAACAAGAUGAAGCAGUAUUUUCACUACUUCGGUUACAUUCCAGAGUUGCCCUCAAACAUCACUGACGACUUUGAUGAUUCCCUGGAAUCGGCCAUUAAGACCUACCAGAAAAACUUCAAUCUUGAACCCACCGGUCAACUCGAUAGUCAAACCAUUCAACAAAUCCUACGGCCCAGAUGUGGCAAUGCUGACAUAGUCAACGGCACAACAACCAUGAACUCAGGCAAACCGGUGUCGAAUAACACCAGUCAUCUCCACACAGUUGGCCAUUACAGUUACUUUCCCGGCACGCCCCGUUGGCCAUCAAACCGGCGUGAUCUAACAUACGGGUUCGUACCAGAAAACCAAUUGACUGAUGACGUCAAGCAAGUUUUUGCAAACGCCUUCGGGAAGUGGUCACAGGUGAUCCCGAUGACUUUCAAUCUAAGCGAUGAUUACACAAGCGCCGAUAUCAAAAUCGGAUUCUUCAGCGGAGAUCACGGCGACGGAGAGCCGUUUGAUGGAGUUCUUGGAACCUUGGCACACGCGUUCUCGCCGCCAAGUGGACGGUUCCACUUGGACAGCGCGGAGAACUGGGUGAUCUCCAGUGAUAUCACAACGUCGACGUUGAGUUCAGCCGUGGAUCUUGAAUCAGUUGCUGUUCAUGAAAUCGGACACUUGUUGGGGUUGGGACAUUCGUCGGUUGAAGAUGCUAUAAUGUACCCAACAAUAUCUUCAGGAACCAGAAAGGUUGAAUUGGCCGGUGACGACGUGGAGGGAAUCCAGGCAUUGUACGGAAGUAAUCCCAAUUACAACGGUACAACUGCGACGUCGGUUCAACAGAGGGAAACCAGUGAUAGUGGGGCCUACAGUGUGGGGUCAUGGUGGGGUCUCACUGCUUUCGUGGUGGCUGGGGUUUUAGUCUUUUAGAUAUUAUUUUUGUAUUUUUAUUUUUAUUUUUAUUUGAUGAUUUUGUGUGGGAAGUUUAUUGCCCGAGAUGUUUGUUUGUGCUUACAUAAUGUCCGGCAUUAAGCUUGGCCUUGGGGUUUGAGAUAUAGACGUACGUUCAUAAUCAUACACAUUAUUCGUGAUUUAAUUCUUUAAUUUUUAGUAUAUAUUAUACUUAUAUGUAUUCAUUUUUAUGAAUAUUAUUGCUUUACAAAUAA